GCUGCUUCAUUACUCUCAGCAAGCAUCCACACCAUUGGACACAUCGCUGCCCACACCACUGCCCACCUACAAACACAGAUAUGGAGGCCAAACUGCUGGUAUUUAUUGCGAUUGCAUGCGCUGUGUCUCGCAUCGAAGGCCAGACAGUCACACUAUCGUCGAGCAUCAACAUCACUCGCUCGGGUUGUGGAACCUCUAAGCUAUGCUUUCCCACCUGUGACCCUGUAGCAAACUCCUCCACCUGCUACUUUGGCUCCUCUCAGUACCAGCCCAACACCACGCUGUACUUCGAGCUCGUUGGCCCCACCUCUGGCUACGUGGCGCUGGGCCUGGCCUCCGAUCCAAACGUGGGAGCCACCAUUGUGUUCGUGUGCGCCAACAACAACACCAACAACGGCAGCAUCUUCUUCUUCCAGACAGCCUCUAACACCUCAACUGGCUUGAAUCUCACUACUGUGAACACUGUAUACUCAGUCCAGGGUGCAGUGGCCAUCAACCAAAGCCUGAACCAGAGCCUUGUCAAGUGUACCUUCAACACCUCCAGCAGCCUAAACGUCUCGACCUCGAGCACGAGCACGAGCAAAGCUUCCGCAACCAUCAAUUACUAUGUCACCAUCUUCAGCGGCAUCGUUAGCGGAACCACCCUGGGUUUUCCUACUUCAGUGUAUUACUCUGGGAAAGCACUGAAUCUGGCUGAUCCUACCAGCAACACCAACACCACCAACUCCACCUCCAGCGCCACUGUUGCAGCCACGGUGUCCGGCAGCACAGGCGGUAGCGACUCUCUCACCAACCCCGUGGCUCAUGCGCUGGCCAUCCUGCUGAGUGCUAUGGGUCUCCUCCUCCUGUCUUAAAGGACCUCCUGACUUCACCAUUAUGAAGAUGUUUCUCAGGGUUUAUGAGCUGCGUAUGAAGUACACAGGCUAACCGAGACAAAGGCAGCCCAACACGGCUGCCUGUGUCUCUGUGUGUGUGUUAGGUAGAGUGAUUGUGUAUGUAUGGAAGUAUGUAUGUACAGUUGCAUAGAAAAGUUUGGGCGCCUCGGUCAAAUUCCAUGUUUUUGUUGAUUUUCUAAGUGUGAAUGAGUUAACGAAUGCUUUACAGAGCCCACACCUCUGCACAGUUUAAUACAUAAUUACUGUUUAUAUGCUGAAUUUAACAUAUCAGAGAAAAAAUGCGGAGUUCGCAGAUGGUAUGGCGGUAUUUUUUAUGUUAAACUCAGCAAGUAAAUAGAAAUCAUGCAGUAAAAUUGGCAUUUAAAUAUGUUCCACAUUUUCACUUCGGAAUUCAGCCAAAUGUAAUUUGACCGGGGGUGUUCAGACUUUUGCACAUGACCACCUGGGUGCAUGUGAACAUGGACACACUGGAGGAAUGUUAUGAAGCCAUGGUGAAUGGGCCGAACAUCAUAUCGCUCCGCUCGUCCUCACUUAUUUGUUUAUUAUUGUAGUGACCUCAGAAAGGGCCUUGACCCGUUCCAGAAUUUGCCUUUUUACUUUCAGCUGCUUUGCAUCAGUGUUGCACUCGUGUUUGUCUGUGGUGCACAUGCAGUUAUUACAAAAGAAGGUUAUCUUUUUUCUUCCUCUUGUUAAUAUAAAGACGUCUUUUAUGAAAAGAUGUUCUGCUGUAAACACUGUAUUUUUACCUGUAUCGUUUUGAUCAGACAAGAUUACUGAUUAAAGUUUAUUUUACAUAAGA